AUGUGCAUCAGAAUAAACCCAAUGUCACAGUGCCUUUUCUACCCAUGGCACCUGCCCCAGGAGUCAUUCUACCAAAGUCAGCAACAAUUAGCAGCGGCUAUGAUGCUGCCUCAUGCUGAAGUAACCAAGUUUUGUGGUGAUCUUCUUGAAUAUGCAUCAUUCAUGUUGGCAUUUAAUGACCGCAUCGUGCCACACACCACAUCAGACUCCAACAGGCUGUAUUUCUUAGAUCAGCAUCUAGAAGGAAAGCCUAAGUCUCUCAUAGCUGGGUGCAUGUUUAUGAAUGCAUCUGAAGGAUACAUUGAAGCAAAAAGACUUCUGGACAAAGUGUAUGGAGAUCCAUACAAGGUUUCCAUGGCAUACAUAGACAAGCUAACCAAGUGGCCACAAGUGGAGAGGUGA